AUGGCGAAAAAGCGGAAGCUGGAGAACGCUCUGCGUUUGGCCAUUCGGAAAAGAUCGAGCCAACCCCAGACGGACUACUCGCGUUACUCACCCCAGGUAUCUUCCUUGCAGAACUCAGAGAAUCCAAGCGAGGAAGAUGCCGGCGAAAGCUGCACUUACACGGGACGCUUCCCUUUUCCUCGCUUCGAUGUCCGCUGGGUUUCAACGGAAGCGCUGCUCCAUCCCUUCGCUCCUGGAUCUUGA